AUGAUGGCUCAACUCUUAGGAUCUCAUCUGAUACUGGCUGCAAUGAUUCGUCAUCGAAUAAACAUGCUUCCAUCUCUUGGAGUCGUCAGAAGUAGGAUGAUGUCCACUCAUAAGUCACCAAAGAAGAUGAGGGAAUAUUACCGGCGGCUGAAUCUGGAAGAAGGAUGCUCCGCCGACGAUGUCAGGGAAUCUUUCCGGAAGCUCGCCAAGCAGUACCAUCCCGACAGUGGCUCUCCCACGGCGGAUUCUGCAACGUUUAUAAAGAUCGAAGAGGCGUACAGGGCGGUACGCUCCCACGUGAUGCAAGAAGCAGACGCCAGGCGGAAGAAAAUGGAAGAUGCGGAGGACGAGGAAGAAGACUCCAAAUACAAAGCACCCCAGCACAGGCAUUACUUAAGUUUCGAAGGGAUUGGCUUUGGGACUCCGAGCCAACGAGAGAAGCAGUACAGGCAGUUCAGAGCGGACCGUGCCGCCGAGCAAGUGCUGGAAUAUCAAAAGCAGAAGCUGCAUAGCCAGUACUUCCCUGAAGGCUUAACUGUCAAAGACGUGAGGCAGAGUAAAGAACAGAAGAUAACGCAAGCAAUAGAACGUCUGGUGGAGGAUCUCAUUCAGGAGUCCAUGGCCAGGGGAGACUUUGAUAACCUCAGCGGGAAAGGGAAACCUCUCCAGAAAUUUGCUGGCUGUUCGUAUAUUGAUCCCAUGACUCACAACCUGAACAGAAUAUUGAUAGAUAACGGCUACCAACCUGAAUGGAUCCUGAUGCAAAAGGAGAUAAAGGACACCAUUGAUCAGCUCCGAGCGUCCAUGGUAGCGUCCAGGAAGAAACUGGGGAACCCCAUGACGCCCACUGAGCAGAAACAGUGGGACCAAGCGUGUGAGCAGUUUCGGGAAGACAUCAGGAAGCUAAACAAGCGCGUGAACGAUUUUAAUUUGAUCGUUCCCCUCCUGACCAGGCAGAAAGUCCAUUUUGACGCGCAGAAAGAAAUCGCAAGAGCCCAGGAAACGUAUGAGGCCCUUAUCAAAUCCAAAGAAGUCUCAGAGGGAAGCCCAAGCAGCAUUGAUCAGGGCGAAGGGGAGAGAACACCUGGAGUCAAGACAGGCUUUUUCAACUGGAUGAAUAUGUGGAAAUUCAUUAAAACCUGA